AUGGCAAACAAUAUUGAUUUUAGCUCCCUAAAGGCCAGGGCCAUCGGUUCUGGUGUUGAUGAAGAGGCUGUUACCGUGAAUACUCGAGCUCUGAUUGACAAAGUGCUGGCACGAUACUCUGGAGAAUGGACCGUGUUGCGAGAACUCAUCCAAAACGCUUCCGAUGCCUCGGCCACUAGAGUGAUAAUCAAGUUCGAGACUAUGCCGUCUACCGCUGUACCCGCACCCACAGCCACAGACGACAGCUCUUUGAUAAAACAUGUUAUAUCACAUCAUACAAUAAAACGGCUGACCCUGCGGAAUAAUGGCAUACCGUUCAGUGCUAAUGACUGGGCUCGGCUGAAGCGGAUCGCAGAGGGGAACCCAGACGAGACAAAAAUAGGAGCCUUCGGUGUUGGGUUUUACAGUGUAUUUUCCGAUUGCGAAGAACCGUUUGUCUCCUCUGGCAAGGAGGCUAUUGCGUUCUAUUGGAAGGAAAAUGCGCUCUUCACCCGUCGUUUAAAACUAGACGAGAGAGACUGCAGCCCUGACACCGUUUUUGUGCUUGAUUAUAGAAAUACAACCUCACCGAUCCCGGGACUCAUGUCGCUUUGUCAGUUUCUCGCAAGUAGUCUUACUUUUGUUGGACUAGAGGCUAUAGAACUUUGGCUAGAUGGCUGGAAUCUCUUGAAACUAUCAAAAAAGACUGCUCCAAGCGUUCCAGUAACGAUACCCAGAGAUAUAUCCACCAAGACUCAGGAUGGAAUAAUGAGGGUAGCUGAUAUAACCCGAGAAGUUGCGCAGCUGGAUGCUGCAUGUAUGAAGGCUGUAGGUUGGAAAUCUCCGACUAAUUCGUCUAGAUACGAAGGCAACCGCGUGCAUGACACUACGGCAUCUCUCAGGAGCUUCUUCUCCCGACUUACCGGCUCAUCUACAAACGAUGAUAAGUCUUCAAAGUCUGAAAAGUCUGGCCGGAAUGGUGUUGAAGAGAAUCUUCUUGAUUAUAAGAACUCUUCCGUCUUCCUCCAAAUCACAACCGGCCACGUUAAGACGUCAGUUUCAUCGUCCUUCAGCCAUGAAUUAGAGCGGGCAACGAAGAAGCCGCCUCCAAAAACAACGAAACUUGCGAUACUUACCACGUCAUACACUGCUUCGUCCGACUCGGAGCAGGCCGAUGCGCAGGAUAUCUUUAGCAAUGUUAUCCCUUCUCGUUCUGGAAGAAUCUAUAUCGGUUUUCCAACUCAUCAGACCACAGGUUUAAACGCUCAUGUAUCAGCUCCUUCGCUAAUUCCAACCGUAGAGCGAGAGAGCAUUGAUUUAAAUGCUCGCUGGGUUCGUACCUGGAAUCUUGAGCUUCUACGGGUUGUUGGGAUUGUUUGCAGAAUUGCUUGGUCUGCUGAGAUGUCGUCCUUAAAGAACCAACUUCUUUCUAGGCUUAAAAAGUCCGGAAAGUCGUAUCUUCAGAAAGAAGAUAUCAGCUCAGUUCUUCCGGAGGCCGUUCAUAUUUCAAAUCAAUUCGUCUUUCGGGAGUCAACUCCAACUUCACAAGUAGGCCAGGUGGUUGAAGAUUCCUUUUGGACUUGCAGCCAGAAUGCCUACUUGGAGAUCCUAUCUACUCGUGGCAUCCUUCCAAGCCACCAAGUUAGAACUGCACCAAAGGACAUUAGCUUUAUGGACGGAAUUCCAGUUCUUCCUGAACAAUUGGUCUCUGAAGCUAUGGGAUUUGUUGGAAGAUUGAUUGAAUUUGGCUUGAUCACUGAAGUCACCAUAACUGACAUAAAGGCCGAGUUAGAGAAUAAGGCACUAACUUCAUCACAACUGCACGAGUUUCUUUCUUGGAUUAUCCAGAAGUCAAAGAGCGGAGGAAUUAACAAUGUCACAGUCAAAUCACUCCUUGCGGUUGCUGUGGCCAACAAUGAGGAGAGUGAUAGAGGUUCUGCACUCCUGGUAUUAAGAGAUAUCAAUUGCUUUGCUAAUUUGGCCCGUAUACCUCCGGAAUUACCGUUGCCUCCAUUUGUUCUACCGCCGAAGUUUUCAAAAGCAUUGUCAGCGUCAGGCCUAGCGUCAAUCGGCUGGCAGGAGCUGCAGGUCGAUACCUGGGUUCAGUGGCUAGUACACAACUCCUCGAAUCGCAAUCUUCUGCCGGCAGAGCAUGAUAUAACCCGCUCGCGUGAUUUUUCGGGCCGUGUUCUCCCGGUUGUGUCUAAACAGUGGGAUUCCCUAUCAGCUAACUCGAAGAAAGAAAUAAUGGAUUCUUUACGGCAACAUACUGUCAUCCCUACAAAAGCGGGAAUGACUAAACCCCAAGAGGCAUACUUCCCGUCAGUCCGGAUUUUCGAUGACCUUCCAGUUGUCACAGGCUUAAAUGGUGUCAAAGAGAAGCUUUUAGCCGAUCUGGGAGUGCGGAAAACCGUGGACAUUAGCAUUAUCUUUGAACGCCUUUUGAGCAACUCCAAAAAUGAAACGGAUAUUAGUGAAACACCUCAGAGAAAAUGGAGUCAUGUCGAGCUGAUCAAGUAUUUGGCUUCCGUUCGGCAGGAUAUACCACCUGAAGAUAUAAUAAAACUCCGCAAGGCUAAAAUAUGCUCGGCUGAGACGAAAGGUGAAGGAAAACCAUCCCAAGAACGGUAUCAAGUCUCACAGCUAUUUGAACCGAAUGCUGCUUUUAGGGACCUAGGUUUCCCCCUCUUGUACUGGCCUGGAAAAUACCUUCCUUCAAGCGCUGAGGGCAAAUUUUUGGUCUCUCUUGGGUUGAAGAGCAUACCGACUGCCUCGGAAAUGACCGAGCUCAUGGCAUAUGCCGCCGCCUCCAAUGACUUGAGGUUGCUAGACAAAGCCAUGGGCUAUUUCAUUACAAACCAUGUCUCCAAUAACUACGCCAACUUUGACUAUAGUCGAUCUAUGACUCCGUUUCUGCCGGUAGAAGGGGGCGGCCUAAGCAACCCUUCGAACUGUUUUACCGCAGAAGGAGCUGCGUUGUUUGGGUUUGAUAUUCUUCGAAGGGAUUUGCACUCUCAUGCUCUAAAAUUUGGAGUGAGCCAGCAUCCAUCAAUCAAUGAAUGUAUUACAAUCCUCAUUCAAAAACGCGCAGAAUCAAAACCCCAGGCAAGGGCCCUUUUUAAAUAUAUGGCCAGCCGUGUGGCGGAAAUAUCUCCCCCAGCUGCCGCACGCCUUGGACAAGCUCCCAUAAUCCCUAUAGCUCGGAAAUCCCUAACAGAAAAGAGCUCUUCCACACUGCAAUAUGUUGCUCCUCGCAAUUGUUACCUUGGUGACUCUGAAGAAUAUGGUGACAUUUUCGAUUUUGUGGAUUUUGGCGCUGAGGCGAACAUAUUUCUGCUUGCAUGUGGAUCUAAGAGACAGCCAACACAUUCUGAACUGGCUUCCAUCCUUGUUAGGGAGCCUACAAAGAUAUCUUCUAAGCUCCAGAGUUCUGAGAAGUAUUUAAAAUUACUACGAGGAAUUGCCGAGAACAUGUCGACAAUCAAGAAGGAUAAAGCCCUCUUUGCCCAGAUGAAGCGUGCCCCGUUCCUGUUUGCAAGCAAAGAGAUUCCUCGCAGUCCAAGUACUAAGCAGUCACUUCUGGAUAGGGGAGAGUCUAGCGACGAUGAAGAGGAGGAGCAGGCAAUUAAGGAGUGGCAUCUAACAAGUGCUGCGGAUGCAGUUAUCGUCGACGACUAUUCCAGCUUUAGCCUGUUUAAGGAGAAAUUGCUCGCAGCUCCACAGGAAGAGUUGCUUGAGGAUAUGUAUUCCACGCUUGGGUCUUCCAACCUUAGCAGCUUGGUCGAUGAGACAGCCCAAUGUGGUCAACUUAGCUCUGACCAGCGUAGUGCUUCGAAACUACAAAAACUCAUUUAUGAGAGAUCUAGGCUGUUCUUGCAUGACCUUCCAAGCAGCACAAUACGCCAUGACACUCGAUGGUUAGAAAAGAAUCUAACUGUUCAGACGGUACGCAGCAUUAAGUUGCGGCGCUCUCUCCGUGGCUGGGGAAUGUCUCAUGUGGAAAACCGCAGUGCAGUAAUGACACAUAAGCUAAGCAGCGUUGUUUUGUCAAUUGCUGAGGGUAGGCUUGAUCUGUAUCAGAUUAGCCAGGCUCUUGUAAGCAUUAUAUUAUCAAGACCGAAACUACACUCUACGCUUACGUUAGAGAUGUUAUUGAAGACCGAUCUUUUGGAACUACGUGCAAGAGGAUAUAAUGUUGAAAGAAUUCUUCGCCAGAAAGCAGCCGAAGCAAGAAUUGCGGAGCAGCAACGACAAAGUCAGCUUGAAAAGGAGAUGCAACAGGCACGGGAGAUGCAAGAACUCGAGCAAAAACGAGCUGAAGAAUUGCAGGAAUCGCAGCGGCUUGCGGUUCAACAACAACACGAAGCAGCAAUGCCUGGUAUCUUCCCGGACUCCCCUACAAAUACCCUAGCCAGACAUUCAUCUCCAGCUCCCCCUUCGGGAUCAAAUGAAAACCAGUCUCCAGGUGGUCUCUUUUCCGAUUUAACAAAACGAUUCGGCCUACCGUUUGAUUUCCCACAAAAUAAUCUGAAAAAACGCCUGUCGGACAGGCUUCCUACCCAGGAAGAGGAGAAAAAGGGUGGUCAUCAAACUAUCACCACCUCCCCAGGAGCAUUACAGUCGCAAUUGGAAUCCGCAAUCAAUGCCUCACGACCGUUUACAUCAAAUGAACUUCGUAGUCAAGGGCAACAAAAGGAGAUUGAAGAAAAGAAGACAUAUUGUGAUGAACGUCCUGCGCAAGAUCUUAAGUUCUUCUGUGUUUUGGGAGGUCUCAAGAUUUUUGUAGGGAAGCAGCCCAUGGACCCGGAAGGGUUCCUUCGCUCGAACCAUUCUAACCUGGAGGCGUUCACUCGGAUACUCAUAGAUUGUGCAAAGAUCUUUGGGCUGCGUCUAGAGACCGUCAGCAUAUUCUACGAUACCAGUGGGAAAACCAUUGCCUUUAAUUCGAAUGGUAGCUUAUUCUGCAACUACGCAUAUUUUGAACGCUUACAUCUCGAGAAAGUUGUUCGAGGUGAAAGGAGAGAAGGAUUAGUGUACUGGUUUGUGAUUUUAUGCCACGAACUUGCACAUAACAUUGUCUCUGACCACGGGGCGGAACAUGGCUUUUAUACAGAGAGUCUCGUCACCCAAUACUUUGAUAAAUGCGUUCAAAUACUUGCGGCAAAGUGA